UUCAUCUCUGGUCAUCAGUCGACACCAAAGAAAGAUUCUGAAGCCAAACAUAGUUAAAUUCAAAGCUGUUUGAACUCAAACAAGACGUCUGCAACAAUGAAGUUCUUCGCCACCGGUGUUGUCGUCGCUCUCCUAGCCUGCUCUGCGUUUGCCAAGGAUGCUGCAAAGAGCAAGGAGAGCAAGAAAGACGAGAAGAAAGACGUUGAAGCCCGUGGAGGCAUCCUGGGGCCAGGAGACGGGCUUGGAGGUGUCGGUGGUGGCUACGGUGCCGGAGUGGGUUCCAGCAUCGCAGGCACUGGUCUCGGAGGAGCCGGACUCAGUGGAGUUGGAGUGGGCGGCGGCAGUUACGGGGGACCUGGUCUCGCGGGGGCGGUUCCUGGCGUGAUUGGCAGUGGUCUCGGAGGAGCUGGACUCGGCGGCGUCGGCCUGACUGGGGCUAGUUACGGGGGAGCUGAUCUUACGGGAGGUAGUCUCGGCGGAGCCGGUCUUGGAGGCGCUGGUCUUGGAGGCGCUGGUCUUGGCGGUCUUGGUUUUACAGGAGCCAGCCUUGGAGGCGCUGGUCUUGGCGGUGUUGGUUUUACAGGAGCCAGCCUUGGAGGCGCUGGGCUCUCUGGGCCGGCGCUCGUGGGACCUGGAACCGCUGGAGCGGGAGCCUUGGGAACUGGAGUUGUUGGCAGCCCAGCUGUUGUCGGCACCGGCCUUGGCGGAGGCGUCGGUGGUGGUUUCCAGUCAGGGUAUGGUUCUUCGGCCGGAGCACACCAGGCCGGAUUUCAGGGGGGAGCGUCCGGUCACAACCAGGGAUCGGGAAGUUUCGCCAGUGGUGCUUCUCAGAGCAGGGUGAACGCGUUCAACAACAAGCAGGGCUACAGCCACAGCUCUGGAUUCUCAGCCAGCGACAGCAAGGCGUUCGGAUCUGGCCACAAGCAGGGCUCAUCCGGUUUCAAGAAUGGAGCAGCUGGGCACCAGUCGGGCUUUGGACAAUCGUCAUACGGAAAGGCUUCGGGAGUCGGCGUUGGUGGUGUGGGCCUGCACGGUUGAAAGCCCUGUCAUUUGGCUAAAAACCACAAGUUAGCUUGUAUAAAGUUGUCUUAUUUUUCUUACUUCCGUAUAGCAGGGACGGCGCUUGGUGAAGAACAUUAUGGGCUCAACAUUGCUUGACAUCCUACAGUAUUUUUCUUAUUGGCCUUCUCAUGUCGCCGUCAUAUAUUGUGUUUUGCGCGUCUGGCAAAGCGUCCGUAAUGUUAUUUAAAUAAAUAAUAAAACUUGUUCAUUU